AUGGGCUGCUCCGGUUCGAAGGAAAAAAAGGCGCCUCCGGCGGCCCCCGCGCAGCCCGCCCCUGUCGAAAGGAAGGCGCCGCCGCCCGUUGAGGCACCGAAGGAGGUCGUCGUGGCGGUGAAGGAGGAGCCGAAAAAGGAGGCGGCGCCGCCGCCGUGGCUGUCCCGCCUCCUGCGGGUGGAGACGGCGAAGAAGUCUGCCUACAGGUAUGUGAGGUGCGACGUGGAGGGCGCGGCCACCUCCUUCUUCCCCCCACGGGGACUCUGCUACCGUGUUGAGCAGGGCGACACAUGGCUGCUGUACAACGACACACUGAACUACGAGAUGCAUGUGCGUUACCAAUUUAGCCCGGACGCCAACGUUACUCCGCUCGGUCGCGCCACCGCGCAAAGCGAGGAGGACGGCUCGACCGUCGUCUCGGUGGUGGUCUAUCCCCUCGAGACGGUGGAGUUCGUGGGCGGCGAGAAGGGAAGCUACAAGGCGGACGUGUCGGCCCAGGCCCUCUCCGACGAGUACCGGCAGAGCCUGCGGCUCCUCACCAGGGCAGCCACGGAGGAGCUGCAGCGCGUUUCGGAGCUGGCGAGCAGUCCCCUGGACGACGAAGCCCUGCUUUUGAAGUGCCUUGAAGCAACGACCCCGUACGUUGACCUCAGCUUUGCGCCCUCUGAAAGGAUGUUCUGCCGUCCUGACGUAGAUGGCCGCCUUAUUCCGGCGACGGAGCUACGACGGGCGACGGAGUGCCACGGCGUAAACCCGAACGCAGUGGAUGCCAUCCGCGGCGCCGUCAUCCCGCAGUGCGUUGACUCUGGGCUUCUUUGCGAUAACUGGCUCAUGUGCGCCGUGACCGCCCUGGCGGAGGAUGAGGAGCGUGUCAAGGAGAUGUUUGCGCUCUGCACCCCGGCGGAAAAGCGCUUGGGCGCGUAUCGUCUCCUGCUCAACAAGAAUGGCUGGUGGAAGCCGGUCCUGGUAGACGAUUUUCUACCCACCGUGAAUGCUGUGCCGUGCUUCGCACGCGUGCUGGAUGACCCGGCGGAGUUGUGGGUGUCGCUGCUGCAGAAGGCGUACGCCAAGUUGCACGGGUCGUACGCCAGCAUCACAGGCGGGGACGCCGCCCACGCGCUGAGGGACUUCACAGGCGCCCCGUCGUACCGGUUUGACGAGGCCUGGGUGGCCGCCGCCCAGCAGCGGGCGGAGGUGCAGGAGCUGCUGGACAAACUCACACGCCACCUCGAGGAGGGCAACAUGGUCCUUCUCAGCACCCCCGCGGCGACGGGCGCCCAGGAGGGCGCACGCAACGGGCUGAGGGCCGGCUACACGUACUCCCUGAAGGCGGUGCGCCAGUUCCCAGACUCUGGCGUCACGCUGCUAAACCUUCGCAACCCGUGGGAGCCCGCGGAGCCGUGGACAGGGGAGUGGUGCGCGGGCAGCAGCAAGUGGGAAACGCACAAGGAGGUGCGCUCCGGCUGCAACCCGGACUUUUCUGUCAAGGAUGGCUCCUUCUGGAUGGAGUGGGCCGAGGCCGCCAAAGAGUUUGACGGAUGCGGCGUCGUUUUCCUCUCGCGGAAGCCGGUGUACGACUACCGCGUGCGGGGCGAGUUCAGCCACGUGCAGCCUAGCGUCGUCUUCAUGGUGCGUGCCGCCGAGCCCGUAGAGGUGAUGCUCACUCUCACGCAGCAGGACAAACGGGGUGUACCGCUGGGGACGCCGGAGGCGAAGCUCUCGCCCAUGAUGCUCAGCGUUUCACGUGGCGAGGGUAACAAGCAGCGGGUGGACAAGAACAGCUCAGCCGACCCGGAGGCGCCCAGCGAGGCGUUCACCUUUGUCGUUGCCCGCGAAGUCGCCAUGACCUACACCUUUGAGCCGAGUGCGGAGCCGUACUUUGUUGUCCCGCGCAUCCACCGCAAGGGAACCUCGGAGGGGCGGCAGAAGGCGUUCGUCCUCGGCGUGCGCUCCGCCACGCCGCUGGAGGGCAAGCUGGACAUCCAGUUCACCGAACUCGCCGCCACCAACCCCGUCCUGCAGAACCGCGUGCAGUUCGUCGUUGAGGACCCAGAGGAGGUCAUCCGCCCGCUGCAGACGAAACUGCCGGGCGAGGCGGUGGUGACGAGUGCCGGCAGCAGGUUGUCCACGGCGACGAUCCCCGAGCGGCCGCACACGGAGCCGGAGGAGGCGAAAAAAGAAGAAGCGGCGGAGGAGGAGGAACUGGCGGAGGAGGCUGCUGCCGGGAAGGAGGCGGCGGCGGCGGAGGUGGAGGACGCCAACGACAACCCGCCUUUGCCGCACGACGAGCAGGCGGAGGAGGAGCGCCUCAAGAAGGCGAAGAUGAACGGCGCCGUGGACGCCGGCGAGGAGGGCGUGCACGCGGGGUAG